AUGCCACAAGGUCCCAAAACAAUCUAUCUAUCUAUCUAUCUAUCUAUCUAUUACAGCCUGUUCAUUAUCUAUCUAUCUAGCUAUCUAUCUAUAUCAUUUCUUCAACAUCUGUCCCUCGUGCCUUCCACAUCUUUCGUCUCCUGUGUCUUUAACAUCUGUCCUCGUGCCUUCCACAUCUUUUUUGUCUCCGUGUCUUCAACAUCUAUCCUCGUGCCUUCCACAUUUUUUUGUCCCCGUGUCUUCAACAUCUGUCCCUCGUGCCUUCCACAUCUUUUGUUGUCUUCAACAUCUGUCCUCGUCUUCCACAUCUUUUUUGUCCCCCUUCAACAUCUGUCCCUGCCUUCCACAUCUUUUUGUCUCCCGUGUCUUCCACAUCUGUCCCUCUGCUUUCAAAAUCUGUCCUCGUGCCUUCCACAUCUUUUGUUCCCCGUGUCUUCAACAUCUCUCCCUCGUGCCUUUCCAUCUUUUUGUCUCCCGUGUCUUCAACAUUUGUCCCUCGUGCCUUCCACAUCUUUUUGUCUCCCGUGUCUUCAACAUCUCCCUCGUGCCUUCCACAUCUUUGGUCCCUCGUGUCUUCAACAUCUAUCCCUCGUGCCUUCACAUCUUUUUGUCUCCGUGUCUUCAACAUCUGUCCCUCGUGCCUUCCACAUCUUUUGUCUCCCUGUGUCUUCAACAUCUGUCCCUCGUGCCUUCCACAUCUUUUGUUCCUGUGUCUUCAACAUCUGUCCCUCGUGCCUUCCACAUCUUUUGUCUCCGUGUCUUCAACAUCUGUCCCUUCAAAAUCUGUCCUCGUGCCUUCCACAUUUUUUGUUCCCCGUGUCUUCAACAUCUCUCCCUCGUGCCUUCCACAUUUUUUGUCUCCCGUGUCUUCAACAUUUGUCCCUCGUGCCUUCCACAUCUUUUUUUGUAUCCCGUGUCUUCAACAUCUGUCCCUCGUGCCUUCCACAUCUUUUGUCCCGUGUCUUCAACAUCUGUCCCUGUGCCUUCCAACAUUUUGUCUCCUGUGUCUUCAACAUCUGUCCUCGUGCCUUCCAUCUUUUGUCACCCGUGUCUUCAACAUCUGUCCUCGUGCCUUCCACAUCGUUUUGUCUCCCUGUGUCUUCAACAUGUCCCUCGUGCCUCACAUCUUUUUUGUCUCCCGUGUCUUCAACAUCUGUCCCUCGUGCUGUCAACAUCUGUCCCUCGUGUCUUCCACAUCUUUUUGUUCCCCGUGCCUUCAACAUCUCUCCCCUCGCGCCUUCCACAUUUUGUCUCCCGUGUCUUUCAACAUCUGUCCCUCGUGCCUUCACAUUUUUUUGUCUCCCGUGUCUUCAACAUCUGUCCCUCGUGCCUUCCACAUCUUUUUGUCCCCGUGUCUUCAACAUCUGUCCCUCGUGCCUUCCACAUCUUUUGUCUCCCGUGUCUUCAACAUCUGUCCCUCGUGCCUUCCACAUUUUUGUCUUUGUGUCUUCAACAUCUGUCCCUCGUGCUUUCAAAAUCUGUCCCUCGUACCUUCCACAUCUUUUGUUCCCCGUGUCUUCAACAUCUGUCCCUCGUGCCUUCCACAUCUUUUGUCUCCCGUGUCUUCAACAUCUGUCCCUCGUGCCUUCCACAUCUUUUGUCUCCCGUGUCUUCAACAUCUGUCCCUCGUGCCUUCCACAUCUUUUGUCUCCCGUGUCUUCAACAUCUGUCCUCCUUUCAACAUCUGUCCCUCGUGCCUUCCACAUCUUUUUUUUUGUCUCCCGUGUCUUCAACAUCUGUCCCUCGUGCCUUCCACAUCUUUUGUCUCCCGUGUCUUCAACAUCUGUCCCUCGUGUCUUCAACAUCUGUCCCUCGUGCCUCCACAUCUUUUUGUCUCCGUGUCUUCAACAUCUGUCCCUCGAGCCUUCCACAUCUUUUUUGUCUCCCGUGUCUUCAACAUCUGUCCCUCGUGCCUUCCACAUCUUUUUUUGUCUCCCGUGUCUUCAACAUCUGUCCCUCGUCCAACAUCUCCCUCGUGACUUCCUUUUGUUCCCUGUGUCUUCAACAUCUCCCUCGUGCCUUCCACAUCUUUUGUCUCCCGUGUCUUCAACAUCUGUCCCUCGUGCCUUCCACAUCUUUUGUCUCCCGUGUCUUCAACAUCUGUCCCUCGUGCCUUCCACAUCUUUUGUCCCUCGUGUCUUCAACAUUUGUCCCGUGCCUUCCACAUCUUUUUGUCCCCGCGUCUUCAACAUCUGUCCUCGAGCCUUCCACAUCUUUUUGUCACCCGUGUCUUCAACAUCUCUCCUCGUGCCUUCCACAUUUUUUUGUCUCCGUGUCCUCAACAUCUGUCCUCGAGCCUUCCACAUCUUUUGUCCUGUCUUCAACAUCUGUUUUGCCUUCCACAUCUUUUGUCUCACGUCCUCAACAUCUGUCCCUCGUGCCUUCCACAUCUUUUUGUUCCCGUGUCUUCAACAUCUGUCCCUCCCUUCCACAUUUUUGUCUCCGUGUCUUCAACAUCUGUCCCUCGUGACUUCCACAUCUUUUGUCCCCGUGUCUUCAACAUCUGUCCCUCCCUUCCACAUUUUUUUGUCACCCCUUCCACAUCUUUUGUCUCCUGUGUCUUCAACAUCUGUCCUCGUGCCUUCCACAUCUUCUGUCUCGUGUCUUCAACAUCUGUCCCUCGUGCUUUCAACAUCUGUCCUCGUGCCUUCCACAUCUUUUUUUGUGUCCCGUGUCUUCAACAUCUGUCCCUCGUGCCUUCCACAUUUUUUUUUGUCUCCCGUGUCUUCAACAUCUGUCCCUCGUGUCUUCAACAUCUGUCCUCGUGCCUUCCACAUCUUUUGUCUCCCGUGUCUUCAACAUCUGUCCCUCGUGCUUUCAACAUCUGUCCCUCGUACCUUCCACAUCUUUUGUUCCCCGUGUCUUCAACAUCUGUCCCUCGAGCCUUCCACAUCUUUUGUCUCCCGUGUCUUCAACAUCUGUCCCUCGUGCCUUCCACAUCUUUUGUCUCCCGUGUCUUCAACAUCUGUCCCUCGUGCUUUCAACAUCUCUCCCUCGUGCCUUCCACAUCUUUUGUUCCCCGUGUCUUCAACAUCUCUCCCUCGUGCCUUCCACAUCUUUCGUCUCCCGUGUCUUCAACAUCUGUCCCUCGUGCCUUCCACAUCUUUUGUCUCCCGUGUCUUCAACAUCUGUCCUCGUGCUUUCAACAUCUCUCCCUCGUGCCUUCCACAUCUUUUGUUCCCGUGUCUUCAACAUCUCUCCCUCGUGCCUUCCACAUCUUUCGUCUCCCGUGUCUUCAACAUCUGUCCCUCGUGCCUUCCACAUCUUUUGUCUCCCGUGUCUUCAACAUCUGUCCCUCGUGCCUUCCACAUCUUUUGUCCCUCGUGUCUUCAACAUCUGUCCCUCGUGCCUUCCACAUCUUUUGUCUCCCGUGUCUUCAACAUCUGA